GUUUAUUUUCAGCAUUUUUGUUGUGUUUUUGUAUUUUUUUGUUUUUUUACUUUACUAUUUAUGUUUCAUUUUUUUUUUAAAUGUUAGGCAUGACAAGGACAAGGUUUACUUGAAGGGUAAGGAUAAGAUUGUUCAAGACGAGAAUGAUUUUGACUUGUGGCUUGGUGAAGGACGCCGAUCGAAGAAAGAUCCGCAUGACAAGGACAAGGUUUACUUGAAGGGUAAGGAUAAGAUUGUUCCCCCUUUUCGUUUUGGCGUGGAAGAUGUUGCAACCAAGAUGUGGUUCCACAAGCUUGCAUAUCCUGGCCAAUGUUUAACUAAUUCUCAUCUGGACAUCAUUUUUUACUAUCUACGUAAAAAAGGAAAGUAUGCAAAGGAGCCAAAGGUUAAGUUCACAACCACCGAUUGCUUAUUCUUCAAAACCAUUCAUGCUUUGUAUGAAAAAUUUAUUGCACAGAAAAAAAAUCUUUCUUUGAUAACUGCCCAACAUGCCAUUGCUGAUUAUAUCAGAGGUAGAAAAAUGUUAUGUGGUUCCCCUUGGCAUUUGUGCGAUCAUGUUUUGUUUAUCAUCCAUAUGGAGACUGAAUCACAUUGGAUUCUUGGUCGAUUGAAUAUUGAGGAAAGGUGUAUGUACAUGUACAACUCCUUGUCGACUGCUAUGAAAGAUAGUGCUGCUAUCAAAGCUUGUCAGCCAUUUGCGGUGUUGUUGCCCCACUUUUUUGCUUUGUUUGAUGAGUUCAAAAAGGAAAACAAACCGGUUUGUUUAGACCCUUUCGAAGUUGUUAAGGUUGAUGGUUUGCCUCAACAAACCUUGAAGUAAGUUGUUUUUAUUUUUUAUUUUCAAAUGUUUUUAAAAUUUUGUAUGUUAUUUUCCUUUUUUAAGUUUUUCUGCUGUUGUUUUUUGGUUGUUUUGCAGUGACUGUGGUUGUUUCGUUGCAUCGUUUGCCGAAUACUUCAUUGAUAUGAAACCGAUUCCUCCCAUAUUUGAUGUUGAGAAACACCGUGAUAGGCUUGCUGUGUUGUUCUAUAAGUAUGCUCGCAUGAAAGAAUUGGAUUUUAUUGAUAGUGAAGAUGAGGCUCCUCCAAAGGGUCCAAAGAAGAAUUUGUCUUAGUUAUCUAUUGGUUGUUGUUGGAAAUACUACUUAUUUUAUUUAGCUUUUGUUUUUUCUAUUACCUGAUUAUGUUCAUAAUCAUAGACAAGUUGUUGUUUCUAUAAUGUUUUUUUCUUUAUUGGAAUUGGUUUUUUAUUUGUUCAUAUUUUUGGAUUUUUAAUUUUUAUAUUUACUUUAACUCAUGAUAGCAUACUAUUAACAACCUUAUAACAACCAUCGGACAAACUACUAAAUUGCAUUUUAAUCACUUUAUGUAGUUUUUUUUCCUUCUUAUUAAUUUCAACCUUCUUCCACUCAUUUAAUUAUUUAAUUAUAAUAUUUGAUGUUCUUUUGUAUAUUAAUGAUAAUAAUACCAAUUCCCUAUUAUCAAUAUCUCUCCACAUAAAAAAUCACAAUAAAAAAAUGUAUGUAACAACCAAUCAUAAUAUGCAGUAUGUGUUUUCUAAAUAUUUUAAUAUAGUUGUUUUUUGGUUGAUGUGUAGUUGUUUCCACUUCUAUGCUGUAAUUCUUCUGCAGGUCUUUUUGUUAUGUCCCUUUUGUCCACACUUGCCACACUUGUUUUGUUUCUUUGUUUCCCAAGCUGCUGCCAUUAUUCUUUUCCUCGGCCUUCCAGACUUGAUUCUCUCCUUUGGAGGCAACACUAUGAUGUCUUCAAAAAAUUCUGGAAGUUCCCAUUCUCUUACGUUUCCAACUGGGUAUACUGUUUCUUCAUAUGUUUGCAGCCAUGCUUUUGAUGUGUAGUAUUGUGCACAGUAGUUGUAUGUGUUUAUGUUCAAGUCCUUCAUGACGGCGACUGCAUGGUUACAUGGCAUUUCAUCUUUUUGAAAUCUAUUGCAUGUGCACGUCUUCUCCUUCAAGUUUACUAUUCUUGUUCUGUCUUCAUCUAUCACCUCAAACAGGUUUUGGUUUGCUGGUUUCACCGGCAUGUUUUAAACCAACUUUAAAACAACCAAAAAACUAUGCAAAAACAACUGUUUUCAUUUAACUUUAUGCGAACGAUAAUCUCAACUUACUGUUAGUCGCAAUGACUGUACAUAGUUCCCUAUGAGUUUUUUCUCAGAUGAUGGUGUCAGCCUUGUUGUGCAUUUUUGUGCCUCUUUUCUAUUAUUGUACGUCCACUCUUGCAUUUGUGCCCUCAAGCACUCCAUUAAUGUUGUCACUGGUGUUUCCCUUGCUGCUAAAUUUGCUGAGUUCAGUGCCUCAGCUAUGUUUGAUGUCAUGGUAGAGUACCUAUAAUUUGGACAGUUUCUAUCAUAGUUACACUUUUGAAAAAAAACUCAAACGCAACGCAAAAACAACGCAAACACAACGCUUUAAAUAUCUGAAUAUAUCAUUAAUUUUAUCCUUCUUAUUAGUUUUCACCUGUUGUUUUCUGAAUGAUACCUUGACCAUUUUUCAUGGCCAAUUUUUUCCAGGUACGGUCUUAUGCGCUUAUCCAAGUUGUCUAGCUCCCUCAUAUGGAAUUCAAACUCCAUUUCUGUGUAAGCUUUUGCAGCUGCAAAGAAUGGCACUCUGAAAUGCUUUGCAUUUUUUUUGAAUUUUGUUUUGAGGUUCGAGAAGAGGUGGAAG